CUCCGCGGGCUCCCUCCCGCCGCCUUCCCUAGGGCCCCCUUCUUCCCUCCUCUCCAUCCCCCCGGGUUCCUCUGCACCCGUUGGCUUCUCCUAGCCCCCCUCCUCACACCCCCUGCCUCUGGAGGUUCCCUUUCCUCCACACACCCCCCCCUUCCCCGCCUGAUUCCGAGGGGCGGGAGCGCACUGGGCAACGCGCGGGAGGGGGCGCCGCGCCAGCUCCGCGCAGCAGCUCUGACGCCGCCGCCGCCCUCCGCAGCCUAGCCCGCAGCCCGCGCCCCACCGCAGCUCCGCAGUGCACCCGCCGACGCAGCCGCUCCGCCAGCCCCGCGCCCUCCCGCCGGGACCCGGGCGAACCCCCCGAAGCCCGCCGUGAGGGUCAUGAGCCAGAGCGCCCGGGGGCGCCGCUGGGAAAGCCAGCCGAGCUAGCGGCUUCGUGCCCCCCUACCCCGGCCUCCCCGCCUGGCUGCGCGCUCCCCGGGCCCCCAGACACUCGGUCCUGUCCCCGGGGCCCCCUGCCGCCACCAUGACCACCCUGCUCCGCAGUAAGCUGACCAAUGUGGCCACGUCCGUGUCCAACAAGUCCCAGGCCAAGGUGAGCGGCAUGUUUGCCAGGAUGGGCUUCCAGGCGGCCACGGAUGAGGAGGCGGUGGGCUUCGCGCAUUGCGACGACCUGGACUUUGAGCACCGGCAGGGCCUGCAGAUGGAUAUCCUGAAGGCCGAGGGGGAGCCCGGGGGGGACGAGGGCGCAGAGCCUCCCGUCGAAGGCGACAUCCACUAUCAGCGCGGCGGCGGCGCGCCCCUACCACCCUCGGCCUCCAAGGACCAGGCCUUGGGGGCGGGCGGCGAGUUCGGGGGACAAGACAAGCCCAAGAUCACCGCGUGGGAGGCGGGAUGGAACGUGACCAACGCCAUCCAGGGAAUGUUUGUGCUGGGCCUGCCCUAUGCCAUCCUGCACGGCGGUUACCUGGGCUUGUUCCUCAUCAUCUUCGCCGCCGUGGUGUGCUGCUACACCGGCAAGAUCCUCAUCGCCUGCCUGUACGAGGAGAACGAGGACGGUGAGGUGGUGCGCGUGCGGGACUCGUACGUGGCCAUCGCCAACGCGUGCUGCGCCCCCCGCUUCCCCACACUGGGCGGCCGCGUGGUGAACGUGGCGCAGAUCAUCGAGCUGGUGAUGACCUGCAUCCUGUACGUGGUGGUAAGCGGCAACCUCAUGUACAAUAGCUUCCCCGGGCUGCCCGUGUCGCAGAAGUCCUGGUCCAUCAUCGCUACGGCCGUGCUACUGCCCUGCGCCUUCCUCAAGAACCUCAAGGCCGUGUCCAAGUUCAGCCUGCUGUGCACCUUGGCCCACUUCGUCAUCAACAUCCUAGUCAUCGCCUACUGCCUGUCGCGGGCCCGCGACUGGGCUUGGGAGAAAGUCAAGUUCUACAUCGACGUCAAGAAGUUUCCCAUCUCCAUUGGCAUCAUCGUGUUCAGCUACACCUCGCAGAUCUUUCUGCCUUCCCUGGAGGGCAACAUGCAGCGGCCCAGCGAGUUCCACUGCAUGAUGAACUGGACGCACAUCGCUGCUUGCGUGCUCAAAGGCCUCUUCGCCCUUGUCGCCUACCUCACCUGGGCCGACGACACCAAGGAGGUCAUCACGGAUAACCUGCCCGGCUCCAUCCGCGCCGUGGUCAACAUCUUCCUGGUGGCCAAGGCGCUGCUGUCCUACCCGCUGCCGUUCUUCGCGGCCGUGGAGGUGCUGGAGAAGUCGCUUUUCCAGGAGGGCGCCCGCGCCUUCUUCCCCGCCUGCUACGGCGGCGACGGGCGCCUCAAGUCGUGGGGGCUGACCCUGCGCUGCGCCCUGGUGGUCUUCACGCUGCUCAUGGCCAUUUACGUGCCCCACUUCGCGCUGCUCAUGGGCCUCACCGGCAGCCUCACAGGCGCCGGCCUCUGCUUCCUGCUGCCCAGCCUCUUCCACCUGCGUCUGCUCUGGCGCAAGCUGCUGUGGCACCAGGUCUUCUUCGACGUGGCCAUCUUCGUCAUCGGCGGCAUCUGCAGCGUGUCCGGCUUCGUGCACUCGCUCGAGGGGCUCAUCGAGGCCUACCGAACCAACGCGGAGGACUAGGGGGCCCGCUCUCUGAGCCCCCCACCCCACGCCCCUCCCUCCACCCUCCUCCCCCCGCCUCAGCCCUGUGCGCCCUGCCGCCGCGCUUGAGAAAGCCGAGCUUUCAACAUCUCGGGUUCCUAGUUUCCGAUAAUUGGAGUGGGGGUGGGGUGGGUGGGAGGGGGUAGGGAUCCUUAAUCCAUCGCGUCUGCGUUUCCGUUGUCUUUUUCUUUUCCACAACACCCAGACUUUGGGGGGGGGGGGCGCGGAGGCAUAUGGGGGCGCAUUUGUGAGCAGUCUUCCCGGUAGGGGUCGGACAUUCGGGUCCCAGUCACCGAAGGGGUGGGAGGGAGAAGGGGCGCAGGCGCAGAAACUUGACCUUGGGAGGGCGGGGGACAUUACACAGCCAUCCAGUGCUGGGAAUCUGCGGCGUCCAGCUAUUUCCAGCUAGAGCGCUUCCCAUUCCCUAGAUAUGUCUACCCUGCAGCUGGAGAGGCGGGCUGGGGAAUUCAUUUCGGAUGGGCGAUUUUCUUGGGCGAGAAGCUUAGGCGGAUGUCUUGCCUACCGGUUUUCAGGAAUCCAAACUCAUCUUGUACAAUUUAUCAGGUUGUGGAACUGUUCUACUGUGCGUGUGGUGUGCUCGUGGUGAAUAAGAUGAAAUGUAUAACAGAAAAAAAAUCUAUCUCUAAUUUAGAGUGCGGUGCAUAAUUAUAUCCGCAAAUAAAGAUGAAACAAAGGUG